UACUGUGUCGUGCAAGUACCGAAAGUGUCAAGUUCGCGAUGGACAGCAAACGAAAAUGUACAUUCACGCCGUUCUCGUUCGAGGAUCCGGAGACGCCGAGAUCGCCGUCGGUGCUCGUCCCGGAAUCGUGCCGAUCGAUGCGCGAACACGUGCUCGGCGUCGAGAAAAACCUCCAAGACUGGCAGGCGUAUCACGACAUAGGACUCAGAUUGCUGAAAAUCGUCUGCAACGUGACCGACGAGACUCUGCCGGACGAGCUCCUGCAGCCGUGCGAAAAAUUGGACGAGGUCUGCGACAAGCUGGACGCGAUCGUGACGAAUUUGAAGGCGAUCCUGAACAAGAUGAAGGCCAUCGCCGAGCUGCAGAAGGACAAAGGUCCUCUGUUCCGCACCUGGGAGACGAAAAGAUUCGUCGAGAUCACCGAGGAAAUCUACGAGUCGUACAGGAAAGAAGCGGAGGAGAAGAGAAUAAUACACGAGAUAGCACCGCGCCAGUUCACGCGAAAGGAUAGAGUUUCUAAUUGCAGCAUGUGGAGAGUCCAACCGUUGAUCGAUCUCGCGGAGACAAAUCGAAAUGUAGACUACAUGCUUUGGGAAAUUGGAGAGAUACUGCGAUGAAUCGCUCGUACGAUUCGAGUAUUUUUUAUAUUACGUGUACAAAGUAAGACAAAUCGAUCGGUUUUGUCAAUUUAUUAGUUUGUAAGCUGGUGCUAUUCUAUUAAAUAUUUUAUA